UAGAAGCAGCACAGCUUCCAUCUCCCUGCUGCACAUUCCCUGAAGCCUAUUCACCAGCAGGUUCUAUUUCCGUGGAGCGGCAGAACCAGGGAUUACAGCUGAAUUAACAGCAUUAUAUUUAAAGAGAAAUCUGCACACUUGGUAUGUGGGCCACUGUAGCUAAACAUUUAUUGAAGAGCAAAGUCCACAGCUGUGUGGCACACGCAUCGCUGAAGGUUCAAAGGACCGCACAUUUAAAUGCAGGAUUGUCGCUUACGUUCACACGCUGGCAGCACAGGGCAGGAAGGGACGUUGAUGAUCAGACAGACCACUCGGUGAUGAUGAUUCGGAAUGUUCAAGCGUUGGAUGCUGAGCGCUUUGUUUGCAUACAUUGGGACGAGGGAGGUCACAGCAUCUAUCCAUAUGUGUGGCUGAGGGAUAACUGCCAGUGUCCAGAAUGCUUCCUGCUGUCUGCCAAAGCGAGAAAACUUCCCAUUGAGGACCUGGAUGUCAAUAUAGGAGUGAAAGACGUUACCUUGACAAAGGAGCAAAAGGUUUCCAUUACAUGGCCUGACAAACACCAGAGUGAAUUUGACGCAGACUGGCUGAAGAAGAGAUGUUUCUCCAAACAUGCCCGAGAAGAAAUGUUGGAGGAACUCUUUGAACCAGAAAAACAACUCUGGGGCUGCGGCCUGCAGAUUCCCACCUUGAAUUAUGAAAGUGUCCUCCACAAUGACCAAAGUGCCUAUAAUUGGUUGUGUGCUCUGAAGAAAGUUGGAAUUGUGCUGUUGGAAGGUGCCCCAGUCAAACAAGGAGAACUGGUCACACUCGGGAAGAGGAUUGGUUAUAUGAGGCAUACAUUUUAUGGGUACACCUGGCAAGUUCAAGAUAAGAUAGAUGCAAAUAAUGUCGCCUACACUUCAGGGAAAUUAAGUCUUCACACAGAUUAUCCAGCUCUUCAAUAUCCUCCUGGGGUACAAUUUCUUCAUUGUUUGAAGCAAGCAGAAACUGGAGGUGAGAGUGAAAUGGUAGAUGGGUUCCACAUCUGCCAUAAACUCCGAGAGCAGAAUCCAAAAGCAUUUAACAUUCUCACAUCUACUCAAGUCGACUUCACGGACAUUGGAACUGAUUACUGUGAUUUCUCACUGCAAUCCAAGCAACGGAUUAUAGAGUUAGACCAAAAUGGUGGACUCCUUCGUAUUAAUUUUAAUAAUGCAACAAGAGAUUCUGUGUUCGAUAUACCAGCUGAAGAUGUUCAGCCGUUUUACUCUUCCCUGAAGGAGUUUGUCAAUCUAAUGAACAAACCAGAAAAUACACUCUCCUUCAAAAUGAAACCAGGCCAAGUGGUGACCUUUGACAACUGGCGAAUUCUACAUGGCCGUAAAAAGUACCAAUCUGGAGGGGACGUGUCACGCCACCUGGAAGGCUCCUACCUGGACUGGGAUGUAGUCAUGUCCAGAAUGAGAUCUCUGAAAAGAAAAUUGCAGAGCCAAACUUGAUUAUACCCCACGUUGUAAUAAAAAAAAACUGUGAUACUAAACCUUACACUCCAGACGUUUAGCAAAUCCCUCUUUUUUCAUGCUCUUUUAACACCGUUUACUGUUGUAGAUGCAACAUUUUUCUCAGGUUUAAUCUCCUUUAAAAAUGCAGCAACCUUUAAUAUUAAAAAAAAAAACAACAUUUCCCCUCGUAGUAAAUGAAGGUUUAGAAUGAACAUGCCGUGUUAUUUAGUUUCUAAUUCUGAUCCUGGCCUCUAACAUUUUGUGUAGCUGGCAAGAAGACGUGUAUAUCCUAAAUCAGGGGUGAUGUAGAUCCCCAGAUGUUUUAAAACUACAGCUUCCAUGAUACCUUGUCAUUCUAAGGGAAUGCAACACAUCAUGGGAGUUGUAGUUCUACAAUAUCUGGGGAUCUAUCUCUUGGGCACCCCUGUCCUAAAUGAAUUCAGUUGUGUUUCCAAAUCUAACUAAUCAUAGUGAUUGCAUUAAGUAUCACUAUCACUCAACGAAUCGGUGGCAUCAACAUAACUUCCAGCAUUUUUUUAGGGGUGUGAGUCAGGUGUGGCCAGGGGCUCAGAUUAAUCUGGAAAUUUUUAUGACGAUUUCAUGACUUACUAAAAACAAUUUUAUGUAAUUAAACAAUAAUUUAAAACAAGAGAAAAGUA